CCAAAGACGAAUAAGAAAUAAGUUAUUUUUCGAACUUCAUAGUGUGAACGUUAUUUUUAUGAUUCGUCGCAACAAUCACUCGCGACAAGAUAAAACUUUGACCAACUAAACAUUACGAUGGAGAACGUGAGUGAACCUGACUGGGAUUCCAUUUUAGAGCUAAUUGAUGAGGAGUUGGGCACAAUAAGCACUUUCAAAAGUGCUCCUUAUCCUCAGUGUGAUCAUGCAGGCCUCCAUGAGCAUUAUCAGCAGCAUCUGUGGCAGGAACCUCCACACAUUCAGAGAAUGGAGUCCAUCGGUCACUUUCCUGCUCCUCUGCAAACAGUCUGUUGUGCCCCUCUGGUGAUCCAGCCAGAGGUCAUCAGCCAAAAUCCUGUUGGGGUCAUGAACAGUCAGCUGCGUUAUGAUUAUGGACCUUGCAUGUUCUCCUCCCCACUUGCUCCAGACUCAUCAAAGAGAAAGAGGAAGCCAGUGACCCACGGGGAUGGCAGACCCUAUAUUAAAAAGCCACCCAACGCUUUCAUGUUAUUCAUGAAAGAACAGAGGCCUAUUGUGAAGGCCAACUUUAUUAAUAAAGACAGCGCAACAAUUAACAAAGUCCUGGGCCAAAUGUGGAAGUCGCUGACACAAACGGAGCAGGAGAAAUACUUCCGGGAAGCUGAGUCACUCAACCAGAUACAUGCGAGCAAGUACCCACAAUGGUCCUGCAGAGAUAACUAUGGCAAAAAGAAGAAGCGGAAGUGGGGCAACAGAGCAACAUCUGCAUUAGAGCCCCCAUGCCAGGCCCAGACCAGGUGUGUGACGAUGGUUCAGACGGUUUGGCUGCAGUCUGUCAGCGAUGUCUGCGUCAUGCAAGAGGCCUCGCAGGUCAACCUCGCCUUCUCCGCGCUGAGUCCGUCGGAGGCUGGUGCGCAAAUGGCGACACCGGCGGAAGCCUUCCCCUCAGCACCGCCAAUGCAAACACUUAAAAGAGACAGCACACAGUUGCUCAGUUUUGAAGGUGAGCUCAUGAUGAUGGAGCACCUGGGUGCACUGCCCCCCUCUUCAUGGCCUGCCCUGCCCUUUGGCCUUUAGAGUCAGACAUUGAGACUUUUACAUCGAGACUUUUUUUAAACAUGUUGUCUUUUUUAAAAAACUGCAUGAAAUUAACUUUACCAGCAAUACAUUUGUAAUUUUCUCAUGACCCUAAUGAAGAGAAGGGGUAUAGAAAGGGGAUGGAUGGAUUUCUAUUUUAUUAUCAGUGUUAUUGAUUGUGGAAAAAUUUGAAAUUAUCCAUCCGUUUUCUAUUUCUUAUCCUCACUCGGUCUCCAAUUAACCUAACAUGCAUGUUUUUGGAAUGUGGACGUAAGCCGGAGUACCCACAAACAUGCAACUUGCAAAUUCCACACAGAUGACCAAUGGAGGUUCGAAACCCCGAUCUUCCAGAUCUCCUGAGAUCUCCUGACUGUGUGGCAACAUGCUAACCACUAUUGUAAACAGUAUUAAUGAUUGUGAUAUAAUACUCAAAACAGUGAGUAAGUAAAAAACGUGUAUACUACUCACAAAAAGUUAGGGAUAUUUCGGAUACAUUUCAGGAUGAACCUAAAAUAACCUUUAGAGGUGAACUUAAUUUGAGCUUCUGUAAUUUGUAAUGCACAUGUCCAACGUGAUCAAUACUUAACGCAAAACUUGCUGUUCUAUAACAUAGUUGCGCAUAUCCCGAACGUUUUAUGAGUAGAAUAUGUUAUAUAUGUAUAUUAUAGACAAAUAUUUUGAUGUAACAGUGGUAUUAAUGAUUGUUAAUGAUUGAAAGUGGAACAAGUAGUAAUAUUCUGUAAAUUCCGAUAUAUAAGCCGCACCCACUAAAUUUUGAGGAAAAAUCAGAUUUGUACAUACAUAUGUAAGUGUGUAUAAGGCGCACAUGGCCAUACAGUAAAAUGGUACAUUGUGGCGCACAUGAGUUUCCUGAGGACCAGGACAAGAGCCAACUGUGAGCUAUGAUAAAACAAGCUUGUCAACCCAUUGCAAAUUGCAGGAGGUCAUUACUAAAUCUAACAGUCUGAUUCACGGUGUCAUCUUACAAAGAACACUAAACUCAUCACACAGCAACUUAACACUCAAAAGGUAUACCUCAGAAAUAUUCAAACAUGUACCAAUAUGAGUUUAAAAUAAAAAAAAGCAUUUUAAAGUUUACCCAUAAUGUAUUUGGUUUGAACAACGCAUUUCAGUGAAGGACAAGCAGCAUAGAAAAUGGUGGAUGGCGCUGCAAUGCUGCCUCUGCCCACCAGAGGCAGCCAGAGGACCCAGAGAGAGGCUGACAUCAUUGCGGCUCCCCAAUGCGUUACUCAGAUGCAAUGUAUAAUGGGAAAACUAAACUCAUACUGGUACAUGUUUGUAUAUUUCUGAGGUUUAACUUUUGAGUGUUAAGUUGCUGUGUGAUGAGUUUAGUGUUAGUAAAGUGUUCUUAGUACGAUGUCACCACGAGGCAGACUGUUAUGUUAUGCUGUUGUAAAUAAUGACCUCCUGCGAUUUCCAGUGGGUUGAAAAGCUCAUUGUGAGUGCACUGAUAGCUCGUGAUUGGCUCCCGCCAAAGAAAGCGUUUCCUCACUGACUCGUGAGUGGCACAGUGUUUAAACAAUUAGUAGUAGUUCUGUAGUAGAGGAAAUGUCACGAGGUUACAAUUUAGCCAUAAAUUAGCUGCACCACUGUAUAAGUUGCAGUGUUCAAAGAUCAAUAAAAAGGAGCGGGUUAUACACCGGAAUUUAUGGUAUUCUUUUUAAGAGUUGGGGCACUUUAGAGUCAGGUCAGACAAUCCUUUAAUAUUUUUUAUUACAUUUUUAUCAGAUGUGUGUGUUCUUUAUGCUGUGUGUGGUCAAA